UCUUUUAUAAUGGCACAAAGUAACGAAUGAUAAUAAUUCCUGUCCGGUACAAACGGAUUAUAAAUAUUAACAAAAAAAUCUAAUUAAUUUGAUGAACCGCGAUUGUUUUUUAUCUACAGCGACCCCACCCGGCGGUGAUACUGAAGCGCAGCUCCAAUCGUCAAGGAAGGAAGUUCCAGUUAGUUCGUUCACUAGCAGCGGCUAACUCGCUGAAAGGUAAACAAGUCUGCUGAAUGAGAUGAGACCCAAAUUCGGCAUAAAGUAGCUUUUUCAGCAAUGAAAGAAGACAAAGAAAACACUCGACCGAAGGAGAAAAAAGUGGAGAUAAAGUGUGAAGAUGGAGAAAAGACUGAGAAGUCCAAGGAAAAGAAGGAGGCCAUGACAAAGAUUGUGAUCAGACGAUUACCACCAAGUCUGACCAGAGAGGAGCUGGAGGAGCAGCUGCAGCCGCUCCCAGAGGUGGACUACCUGGAGUUCUUCUCUAACGACACCAGCCUUUACCCUCACCUGUUCGCAAGGGCUUAUAUCAACUUCAGAAAGCAAGAGGAUAUAGUCCUCUUCAGAGAUCGCUUUGAUGGAUAUGUAUUCAUUGACAGCAAAGGUCAGGAAUAUCCUGCCAUUGUGGAGUUUGCACCUUUUCAAAAAACUGCCAAGAAAAGAAGUAAGAAAAAGGAUGCAAAAUGUGGAACGAUUGUCGAAGAUCCCGAUUACAAGAAAUUCCUUGAAUUUUACAAUGGGGAUGAAGAGAAGCUGACAUCCACGCCUGAGACCCUGUUGGAGGAGAUUGAGGCUAAAUCAAAGGAACUCACUGGUAAAAAAACAACUCCUCUGCUGGACUUCCUGAAGAAUAAACAGAGACUCAGGGAGGAGAAGAAAGAAGAGAGAAGAAGGAGGGAACUUGAGCGCAAACGUCUGCGCGAUGAGGAGCGUCGCAAGUGGAGGGAGGAGGAGAGGAGGAAACGCAAAGAGGCAGAGAAGAUGAAGAAGCUUGAGAAACCGCUGGAGAAAGACAAGGACCAUGUUAAAGAAGAGCCAAAGAUAAAGCUCCUGAAGAAGCCAGACAGAGGUGAAGAAGGAGAACCUGAGAAGCCAAAGGAGAAGCUCAAGAAAUCAGAGAAGCCAAAUAAAGAGGACAGAUCCAUGGGGAGUGCUGAUCAUAAGAGACGUCAGAACUUCGAAAACAAGGAAGAUCGAGGAAAGAAGGGGGAUGAUGACGGGCGGAAGGAGUUUAGGGAGCGCGACACAGAUCGAGACAGAGAGCGCGACCGAGAGCGUGAGAAGGAGCGGCGGCAGAAAGAGAGAGAGCGCCUGAAGCGACAGGACGAGGAACGGCGGAGAAGGAGGGAACUGCAGGAUGGAGAGAACUCAUCCAAAAAGCGCGAGGAGCAGGUUAAAAAAGAUAAAGCCUCUGAGAAAAAGAAAGGUGAAAAUGUUGCAGACUCCCCACACAGUGAGAAGCCAGAGAAGCCUGCUAAAGACAACAAGAAAGACGAGGGUGGGAAAAGAGAGCGGCUACGAAAUAAGGACCGGCCUGCUAUUCAGCUGUACCAGCCAGGCGCCAGAAGCCGUAACCGCACUGCAGGAGGAGGAGGAGCUGAAUCCCACUCUGCCGACAGGAAGCCAGAGACCGAGGCUAAGAAAGUGGCUGAGAAAGGAGAUGACUGAGCAGAUUUCUACCUGCAGCAUUUUUAAGUUUGGCGAGGAGAGAGGAGACAGGCCUGUGGGGCUCAGAGCAGCAGUGUGGCGUCUCGGGGCCACAAGCAGCGCUGCAUUGGGGUCUCCCGGUCUCAGAGGCAGAGGUGUGAUUGUGGGAACCUCUUAGUGCCUAAAUGUGACCCUGUUUAGUUUUAUUUGUUCAAAGAGGUAACCUGUGGAAAGAGUUUGGCUGUAGGGCACAUUAGUGAAGCCAAAGCUUUCUUGGACCACGUAAACUCAAAGUGACCUUACUUCAGUAAAGUUUCUCUGAUGGAAAACGUGCAGUAGGCACUUCAGACUUUAGCUUUCAGCUUGUCUUUCAUCUAAAUCUCACUCAAACUUUCCAAUCAGUCAGUAUGUCUACAUUGCCAAGCUCUACAGCCUAAUUACUACACUCUCUUUAAUUAAUUUUCUGUUGUAGCAGUGCCAUUUUCAGUUUGAAGUGUACACAUGAAAAUUACAUCUUUGGCUCAAUCCCAGCAUCCACACUCAUAGACUUUGAGGUGUGCUCCUGCUAAGUCUGUGAGGACUUACACUGGCAGACCUUGUAACUGUCAUUAAGCCAGUUUUCUGCAGAUUUUACCUCCACAGUUCAGUGUUGUGUUAGGAAAAAAAAAAACAGGAAGUUAGAGGAGCAGCUACCCAGAACUUCAGAGAUAUGCAAAAAUAUUGAGCAUAUGCUUUAUUACAGUUUUUUCUAAACUUUUGCUUAAUGGUAUUUUGACUAAAACUGGAAAAUUAUAGUAAAUAUGAGUUUCCUCUCAUCCCCUCUAUAAGGCAGGAGUCUCGAACACAUGAGAUCAGACAAAAAUAUAAAAUAAACAGACCUAGCCCAUAAUAAUAGGAAACCUGUUCUGGCUUUAAGGUUCUUGAUGAUACCAUUUUGAGGCCUUUAUACUCACACAUUACUGCUGUGAGGGUUUCAUGUUUAGGGCUUGGAGUUAGUCUGCUUGGAUAGCUGUAUAAUCCAUAUGUACCAUAAACUUGUGGAAAUAAUCUGUACUUCUGUUAUCUGGGAUCAACUGUUUCAUUUCAUUGUGUCAUUGACAGAGGAGAAACAGCCAUUUCUGACUUGACUGGCAUGUGGAGUUAGAGCUGAGUUGACCAAUCUGUGGCCUUUCCUCUUUUUCUACUCUCAAACUGUCCUUGAAAUAUUCAUCUGUGAUGCUCUAAACUGAAUGCAGCAUGAAAACAUAUUACUGCUGGUGAUGUUAACAUACUGUAGCCUCUUGACUGGUAAUAAAA